ACCCCCGCGGCGGCUCCUCCUCCCACCGUCCGCCGCCGGCCGGGAGCCAGGGCUGUGCCGGCGCCGCCGCCCGAUCUGCGCAGGGAAGGCCAUCUGUGAAAAAGAAAAAAGAGAAAAAAAUGAAGUACUUCUUCCUAAUAUUUCUCAUGAAUUUAUUAUCACAGUAUGCUGGGAAACCUUUAAGAAGAGAUGGCAGUUACCCGAAAUCAUUUGAAGACAUUAAAAAUGAGAUAGCUGGCUAUACUGAUAUUGCUAAGGCUAUUAUUGAUCUUGCUGUUCAUGGAAAGGCUCAGAACAGAUCCUAUGAAAGAUUAGCAGUUUUUGCUGAUACCAUAGGACCUAGACUCAGUGGCUCAAAAAACCUAGAUGCAGCCAUCAAAUAUAUGUUCAGUGCCCUGCAGAAAGAUGGGCUGGAAAAUGUGCAUCUGGAGCCUGUGAAAGUACCGCACUGGGAAAGAGGAGAAGAGUUUGCAAUGAUGCUGGAACCAAGGAAUCAGAGCAUUGCUAUUUUGGGACUUGGGAGCAGUGUUGCAACUCCUCCAGAAGGACUUACGGCAGAAGUCAUAGUGGUAGCCUCUUUUGAUGAACUGCAUAAAAGAGCUCAGGAGGCCAAGGGGAAGAUUGUUGUCUACAAUGAACCUUUCAUCAGUUAUGGUGAAACUGUGCAAUACAGAGUACGGGGAGCAGUGGAAGCUGCUAAAGUUGGAGCAGUGGCCUCCCUCAUUAGAUCUAUUACUUCUUUUUCUAUUCACAGCCCACAUACGGGGGGGCAGAGUUACCAGCCUGAUGUACCCCAAAUCCCCACUGCUUGCAUCUCCGUGGAAGAUGCUGAAAUGAUGUCACGAAUGUCUUUCCGGGGCACUAAGAUUGUUGUGCACCUGAAGAUGGGAGCUAAGACCUAUCCAGACUCUCCAUCUUUUAACACCGUGGCAGAGAUAGUUGGAAGCAAGUACCCAGAGCAGAUUGUAUUGGUCAGUGGACAUCUGGACAGCUGGGACGUUGGGCAGGGAGCUAUGGAUGACGGUGGUGGAGCAUUUAUAUCAUGGGAAGCAUUAUCACUCAUUAAGGAUCUGGGACUUCGCCCAAAAAGGACUCUGCGCUUGGUGCUGUGGACAGGAGAAGAGCAAGGAGGAAUAGGUGCCAAACAAUAUUAUCAGUUGCACAAGGAAAAUAUCUCCAACUUUGAUAUCGUCAUGGAGUCUGAUGAGGGCACCUUCAAGCCAUCUGGACUGGGUUUUACUGGCAGUGCUGAAGCUCGGGAAAUCGUGAAAGAGGUCAUGACUCUGCUGCUGCCCAUCAAUGCUACAGAUGUUUACGACAAUGCAGAUGGAACAGACAUUGAUUACUGGAUGAGAGAUGGGGUGCCUGGUGCCAGCUUGCAUAAUGACAUCAGUAAAUACUUCUGGUUUCAUCAUUCUCAAGGGGACAUGAUGACAGUUCAGGAUCCAAACCAGAUGAAUCUCUGUGCUGCUGUUUGGACUGUUGUCUCCUAUGUAAUUGCUGACAUGGAGGAGAUGUUGCCAAGGUAAUAAAACAGCAAGAAAGAAGAUUUCUGUUCUUCAGUAAAGAUUGUAAGUCCACUAAUGCAUGUGGACUACAGCUGUGCUAAAUUCUGCUUUUAACCUUGAUUUUGUUCUUUAUUAUUGUAUCUGUUUUCCUCAAAGUACAUGCUCUUUUACAUAUACCUGUUUCUUUUUGCUGUUUUGAUCUCUUCCAUUUGUGAUUUUCACUUAAAAUGUAUUCUUUUAAGUCCUUCUUAAAUUUUGAAUGGAGGUAGGAUACCUCUUUGACAAUGAUAUAAUAAACAUUUGUAUGCACAGUGAUCCCAUGCAGCAAGAAAAGUGCACCAAAUAAAUUUGUUUCAUCAGAAUAAUUAAUGUAUUGAGUUACUGUACAUGUUUACUCGUUUUGUUUCUGUCUUUCAUUCUAUGCAUUGGAAUGAAGUACUAUUAACCAAUCAGCCUUUUCUUUUUACUGUUUUAAGGUAAUACUGUAGUUUCUAGAAGUUUUCAGGUUAUAGGAUAAAUUAAUCUUGUCUGUUUUAAUGGUAAUAUAUGGUAGGAUGGUCAAAUAGUAGUAAAAAUGCUAAAAUAAUUGGGCUUUUAAUGGUUUCAUUCAGCUCUGCUGUUAAAUGUUACUAAAGGUUCAUGUAAGACUCAGAUAAACCAGGACACAGAGGAUAGGAAGCCAACCAGAGGACUCUUAUUUCUCCCAUCUUUUUUUGGCCACCUCCCUGUGGAAAGCCACGUGUGUCCUUUUCCGUCCCAUGGAAGACUCGCCAUAGUGACAAGCAGAGAAUUUCAUAUGGCACCUUUUCUCUGAAAUGCCAUGAUGUUUCAGAAACAGCAUCACAACUGUGAUUUGUGACCUUCAGUACCUGCCAGCUGAUAUCCAACAAAGUGUAAGAGCAGAUUUUGGUUCAGAGUCCUGAAGCCCUUCCCAGCUGCCCCUCCCUUGUGGGGAUGGCCUUUCCAGCUGGAAGCUGGGUGAGAGGAUGCUCGUGCAUAUUCAUUUUGAUGAAGGAAUUCAUCUGGGAAUUUGAUUCUUAUAUACUUUGUUGGUGUAGGGGUUUUUUUGUUUGUUUGUUUUUUCCUACUGAGAUUAUGAAUAUUCGGGUGAGUUUUAGGUAUAUCUGUAGAGAGGAUAUAACUGGUCUUGGGGAAUAUUUUAAGAUGUAUGAUUUCUACUCAUUUCUUUGUGACAUGAUCCUUACUUGUGCUUUUAAAUUUUACAACAAGCAGACUCACUGAUGUGAAUAACUGCUGCAAUAUAAUCAACACCAAACAACUAACGUAACAAACAACGUGGUGUAUUAAACCAAAUGGCAGGCAGUCCCUGGUGCUGUUAAUCAGUUCUGCUGUUGAGCAAUAGCUGAGUGAUGAGCAAUUCAUUGCUAUAGAAUUCAUAAUCAUGAUAUCUGUUUACCACGAUAAUGGCUGUUUUCCAUCAAAUUUAUAAACUAUUUCAGUUUUUCUUCCAAAUAAUUUCAGGAGCAUAAAAGCUGGCUGAAGAUAUGCCGCUCUAUCUUUUUUAAAGAAACAAUAUUGAAAUAAAUAAAGUUAGCAAAGACUUCCUCUGCCUUCCAGGCAUAAUGCCUACGCUUUUUUUUCUGACUUGCUUGACAAGGGCAUAGUUGGUGGUACUCACCAUGGACAGAUCCUCAGCUGUCUCCAAAUCCAGCCUUUUGACCUUCACAGAAUAUUACUGACUGUUUCCUGAACUGCGUUUCUUAUUGUUUUCCCUCAAGGUAUGUGACUUUGUGCAUCAGAGAUUCAGAAGGGUAUUCCAUAAAGUUACCUAUAUUGUUCCAAUUCUUAACCUAUACUCGCUUGGAAAUGGUGUUAAUUUGCAUUUUUUCUCCAUUGCCUCAAGUUAAACAGAGAAUCUCUGGAGUCAAGAAUACUCCUCUGCAGAGGAGAAGAGUGCAAGGGCACCACAGCACAUCCCAAGGUGUGCUGUUGGCUCCUAAGUAAGAAAAUUAACUAUACCCCAGCCAAAAGCAGCACAACUGUGUAAGACAGACCAAAAAAAUUAAGACCACGGUGCCCUUGAAGAAAAUAUAAACCUUCGCAUUAGCUUCAGAUACAGAGUUCUAGAGAGAAGCUUUGCAGAGAGGUUUUAGAAAAAAAUGUUCAAAAAAUCAAAAUUACCAUCUCAUUUUUAUAGAAAUAGUGAAAUUGAAAAUAUUUUGGCUCUUAAAUUGAAAAACAAUUAUUUUUUUACAUGUAAAACCAGAUUUCAUUAAAAUAAAACACUAUCUCAUUGAUUUACCUUUUUUUCUUUCUGAUCUCUAUUAGUUCUCAAACUUAAAGUUCAUCUGUUUGUAGUGCUCUCCUGAUAAUCUGCCCAUUCAGAUGUCUCUCAGAAAUUUCUGUAAACAAGGACAUGCUAAUAAAUUUUUUUUCUUUCCUA